GGCCGCCCCUCCUCCUACCGGGCUCUCCGCAGCGCCGUGUCUAGCCUGGCCCGUGUGGACGAUUUUCACUGCGCGGAGAAGAUCGGGGCCGGCUUCUUCUCUGAGGUCUACAAGGUUCGGCACCGACAGUCAGGGCAAGUCAUGGUGCUGAAGAUGAACAAGCUCCCCAGUAACCGGGGCAACACACUACGAGAAGUGCAACUGAUGAACCGGCUCAGGCACCCCAACAUCCUAAGGUUCAUGGGGGUCUGUGUGCACCAGGGACAGCUGCAUGCUCUUACAGAGUAUAUGAAUGGGGGGACCUUGGAACAGCUGCUCAGCUCCCCUGAACCCCUAUCCUGGCCUGUCAGGCUCCGCCUGGCCCUGGACAUUGCCCGAGGCCUGCGGUACCUGCACUCCAAAGGUGUAUUUCACCGGGACCUUACAUCCAAGAACUGUCUAGUCCGACGGGAAGAUCGAGGCUUCACCGCUGUCGUGGGUGACUUCGGGCUGGCUGAAAAGAUUCCUGUGUAUAGGGAGGGGGCAAGAAAGGAGCCAUUGGCUGUGGUGGGCUCCCCAUACUGGAUGGCUCCAGAGGUGUUACGGGGUGAGCUGUAUGAUGAGAAGGCUGAUGUCUUUGCCUUCGGAAUUGUCCUCUGUGAGCUCAUCGCCCGAGUACCUGCAGACCCUGACUACCUACCACGCACUGAGGACUUUGGCCUGGAUGUGCCUGCCUUCCGAACUCUGGUGGGGGAUGACUGUCCACUGCCUUUUCUGCUUCUGGCCAUCCACUGCUGCAGCCUGGAACCCAGCACCCGUGCCCCCUUCACCGAAAUUACCCAGCACCUGGAAUGGAUCCUGGAGCAGCUGCCUGAGCCAGCCCCACUCACCAGGACUCCCCUGACACACAAUCAGGGCUCUGUUCCAAGAGGGGGUCCCUCUGCUACGCUUCCUAGGCCAGACCCCCGGCUUUCCCGAAGCCGGUCAGACCUCUUCCUGCCCCCAUCACCAGAAUCAACCCCAAACUGGGGGGACAAUCUGACUCGAGUCAACCCCUUCUCACUACGGGAAGACCUCAGGGGUGGCAAGAUCAAGCUUUUGGACACACCCAGCAAGCCAGUCCUGCCUCUUGUGCCACCAUCGCCAUUCCCCUCCACUCAGCUGCCCUUGGUGACCACCCCGGAGAUGCUGGUCCAGCCUGGAACACCUGCCCGCCGCUGCCGCUCACUACCUUCAUCCCCUGAGCUCCCCCGCCGUAUGGAGACAGCACUUCCAGGUCCUGGCCCUCCCACCGUGGGCCCCUCGGCUGAAGAGAAGAUGGAGUGUGAGGGCAGCAGCCCUGAGCCGGAACCUCCAGGACCAGCGCCCCAGCUGCCUCUGGCCGUGGCCACAGACAACUUCAUCAGCACCUGUUCCUCGGCCGCCCAACCCUGGUCCCCUAGAUCAGGACCUGUCCUCAAUAACAAUCCCCCAGCUGUGGUGGUGAACUCCCCACAAGGCUGGGCUGGGGAGCCCUGGAACCGGGCCCAGCAUAGCCUGCCCCGGGCGGCAGCCCUGGAGCGGACAGAACCCUCGCCACCCCCUUCAGCUCCCCGGGAGCCUGAUGAGGGGCUGCCCUGUCCUGGCUGCUGCCUCGGCCCCUUCAGCUUUGGCUUCCUGUCCAUGUGCCCCCGCCCCACACCAGCUGUUGCCCGCUACCGCAACCUGAACUGUGAGGCGGGCAGUCUCCUCUGCCACCGAGGGCACCAUGCCAAGCCACCCACACCCAGCCUGCAACUGCCCGGGGCACGCUCUUAGCAGUGGAGCCUGUGGUCUCAGGCCUCCAACUUUGGCCUUCAGGACACCCUGUAAGAACAGAGCACACUUGCUGGACAGUGCCAGUUCCAGAUGGGCUGACCGGCUCUUCUCCCUGUGUAGGGGAGCCCCAGCAUGGACUCGAGGGACAGAGCACUUCCAGUUCAAUCCCCGGCUCGUGUUCCCAUGGGGAUCACUGAACCAGACACAGCAUUGCUGACACAUGAGACUAACACGUGCAAUUAUUUAAAAAGAUUUCAAUAAAACUGCCUGGCUGGCUCCGGGCUGCCCCUA